AUGGAUUUCGACUCCCUCAAAAACCAAGUCAGCAACCUGACCUUGUAUGAUCUCAAGGCGGGAGUGCGCAAGGUCCAGAAUGCUGUUAUGAACUACACUGAAAUGGAGGCCAAGGUCCGAGAAGCUACAAACAAUGAACCAUGGGGUGCCUCGACGACGUUGAUGCAGGAAAUCGCUACUGGAACUCAUCAUUACCAGUUACUCAAUGAGAUUAUGCCCAUGAUCUACAAGCGGUUUACGGACAAGACAUCAGAGGAGUGGCGGCAAAUCUACAAGGGCCUUCAACUGCUCGAGUUUCUCAUCAAGAACGGAUCGGAACGUGUCGUUGAUGAUGCCAGGUCACACCUGUCCCUCAUUCGUAUGCUUCGCCAAUUCCACUACAUCGACCCUAAUGGCAAAGAUCAGGGAAUCAACGUCCGAAACCGUGCGCAGGAAUUGGUCAAACUUCUGGGCGAUGUCGAACUGAUCCGCUCCGAGAGAAAGAAGGCCAGGGCCAACCGUAACAAGUUUCGCGGAUUUGAGGGUGGAGCAGGCAUUGGCGGCGGCAUUGGAGGUGGAAUCGGGAGCUCUGGAAGUGGUCGCUACGGAGGAUUCGGCAGCGACAGUCUCUCCUUUGGUGGCUACAGCGGCGGUGUUUAUGGUGAUGGUGGUGGCUUUGGAGGCGCAACUACGGAGUUUGAAGAUACCGGUAGACGAGGAAAUCGCUUUGAGGAGUAUGACGAAUACGAUGAAGCAGAUGCUGCUCCAGUCCGAAGACGUGCGGCCAGCCCUCCCCGCGCUCAAAGAGAAGCGAAGAAGCCCGAGGCGCCGAAGGCCCCUGAACCAGAUCUCGUCAACUUUCUCGAUGACGAGCCCGCUCCCGCUCCUGCUCCUACAUCGUCUGUUGCCACUGGAAAGCAGCCCGCGGGCAGCAACGGCCUCAAUAUGCUUGAUCCUACACCGGCUGAUGACGACGAUGAUUUUGACGAUUUCCAGUCGGCACCUCAAGCAGCUCCCGCUCCCUCGUCAUCCAAAACAUUCGGCAUUCCCCCGCCCGCAUCCACUGUCAGCACCACUUCCACCACCCAGUUCGCUGCUCCUCGUCCAGUGUCUGGAACACAAGGGUCGAACAUUAACGGCAUUGUUGGGUUCACCUCGAUGACUCCGACACCAACAUCUAGUGGUUUCACUUCUCCUACCCUCUCAUCGCAAGUCCCGAAGCCAGCUCAACCUAAACCUACCGGCUACCAGGCGGCAACUCCCAACUAUUUCACGUCCGUUGCUACGCAGCAAGGGCCCUCUGCUGCCUUUGGCCACCGACCAUCCAUGCCAUCCACCUCCUCUUUCUCAUCUGCCACGAGCCCUACCAGUCCAGCUGUAGGCAGCAAGCCAGCGGCUUCGAAGGCCUCUGGUGAUGCAUUCGGGUCACUGUGGUCCACAGCCAGUGCGAGUGCUGGAAUUCAGAAGUCAUCGUCCACCGCCAGCAAAGGACCCAACCUCGCCAGCAUGGCCAAGGAGAAGGCGAGUGCAGGCAUCUGGGGAGCGCCGUCAUCCGGAUUGUCCUCUCCAACACCCCAGCAGCAACCACAGCAACCAGCAAAGACAGGCAGCUCCAACCUAGAUGACCUCCUGGGCUAG